UAUAAAUAUAUUUCCUAGGAUAUUCCAGUUCAUUUUGAUCAGUGAAUACAAAUGUUAAUUUAAUGUAUUAUGUUACCCGUAUUAUUUUCUGUUGAUUAUACACUGAAAACAGUGUGGUGGACAUUUUAUGGUGUUUUAUGUCAGAAAUAAAAAUGUAUUGAUUGCUGUAUCAAUAUUUUUGACAGUAUUGAACUUAAGAGAAAUAGCCAAAAUAUUAGUUAAGAAAAAAAAAUGUAUUCUACGUAGGGAAUAAGUAGGCAAAUUAGUCAAUGAUUUAAUUGUUUUGUUGCAAAACUUUGGACUACUGAAAUUAUUUUCUUGUUUAGGUUGUCUGCUUGAUACAUGUUGCCUGAAAUUUCUUUGAACUAAUCUACAUUUAUGAGUAUUUCUUAUAAUUCUGAGUAAUUGAUUCCAAAUCUCUAACCACCUAUGUUGUUCACAGGUUUGUUUUUAUCUGACUAUUUCAAAUAGAUUAAACCAUCAUGACAUCCAAAAGCACUGUGAGUGGUGAUGACCGCUUCUAUAAGGUUAAAAAGGACCCUCGUUUCUGGGAGAUGCCCGACAGAGAGCGCAAAGUCAAGAUCGACAAGCGUUUUCAGUCCAUGUUCCAUGACGAACACUUUACUACAGUCGAUAAACGCGGUCGACCUGUCAACCACUCAUCAACCGAAGACCUAAAACGCUUCUACAAGCUCUCUGACUCUGAACAGUCCAACGAGGAUGAGGAGAAAGACGAGACGGAAAAGACCAAGAGGAAGACAAAGAAGGCAAUACAGUUAGAAGGUCAUAAUGAAGCUCAAGCUGAUGAUGAGGAGGAGGAAUCUGAAGAGGCUCUUUUAGAAAAAUCUUUCAAGAAAGCCAAAAAGAAGUCAAAAGAUCCAAAGAAAAAUGAGGACAAGGAGUCUGAUGUUGAAAAGGAAGAUGAUGAUGAAGAUGUCAGCAUGGAAAAUGGUUCUUCUGAAGGUGAUGAUGAUGAUGUUGAUGAUGAUGAUGAUGAGAGUGAGUCAGAGGAAGACAGUGAAAGUGGGCCUGAUCUGGCCAGAGGGAAGGGGAACAUUGAGACCAGCUCUGAUGAAGAUGAAGAUGGUGAAGAUGAGGUGGAGGAAUACCUGCGGCGUAAGGAAGAGGAGAUUGAGCACGACUGGGGCGAGAUGUGGAAAGAUGCUCCACUCACUGAGGAUACUUUCCAACGGUUGGGGGUUUGUUACAUGGAUUUGGACAGACUGAAAGCAAAAGAUCUUUUGGCUCUUUUGAACUCUUUUAAACCCAAACGAGGUGUGGUGCUCUCUGUCACCAUACGUAUUCUUCUAUUUAUCUAUCCUUCUGAGUUAGGGAAAGAGAGGAUGCAGGCAGAACAGACUCGUCCGCUGGAGCUCACCAGUCUCCCGGAGAACCCUGAUGCAGAUACAGACGAGCAGAGGAUGUACCGAGAGAAGGUGCGCGAUUACCAGUUCAAACGUCUGCGUUAUUAUUACGCCAUGGUGGAGUGCGACUCUGCCGAAACGGCGGCAAAGAUUUACGAGGAGUGUGACGGCUUUGAGUACAAGAGCAGCUGCUCCACAAUCGACCUGCGGUUCAUCCCUGAUGAUGUGACUUUUGAUGACGAGCCAAAGGACAGAGCCACAGAUGUAGAUUACGCUUCAUACAAACCCAAAAUCUUCACGUCCACUGCCACCACUACAGCCAAGGUUGAGCUGACGUGGGAUGAAGCGGAUCAUGACCGGGUCACGACUCUCUGCAGGAAGAACGAGCUGUUGUAUAUGGACUUCAAGGCUUAUCUGGCCUCAUCCAGUGAGGAGGAAGAGCCAGAAAUUGUAAAGCCUGUUGAGUCUCUUCCUGAGGCGAGUAAGGGGAAGAAAGACUCGGAUCAAAUCGUGAAAUACAGAGAACUACUGAGGAGCAUUAAGGACAAAGACAAACAGAUGGACGACAACAUGGACAUGGGGAUCACAUGGGUACCAGCUGGAGGUGGCUUAUACCGGAAGAUGUCCACAUUCAAGGUGGAUAAUGGCGAUGCUCUUGUCACGCUGAAAAAUAAGGUUGAUGUUCAGGAUACUCGCUUCCAGGCCAUGUUUACAUCCCAUCUUUACAAUCUGGACCCGUGUGAUCCAGCCUACAAGAAGACCAAAGGCAAACAGAGCAUCUUAGAAGAGAAACAGAGGCGCAGAGAAGAGGAGCAGCACGGCCAGGAGAUGGCGCUGAAGAGCAAAUCUGCAGAGGAGAAAGCCAAACCAGAGGCCAUGGGUGCAGGAGACUCAUCCUCCACUAAAGUCAUGGACCCUAAUUUAUCAAUGCUUAUUAAAUCCAUCAAGAACAAAACGCAACAGUUUCAAGCACGCAAGAAACAGAGGAUGAAAUAGACUCUGACAACAAGAGACUCUGGAAGGCAUCUUAUGUAAUUAGGUUGGCUUCCUUGUUCCCUUUCUAGGGACUUAUCCAUGCUAGGAGGCUAAACGUUUGACCUGAUAAUAAGCUUCAUAUUUUGUAUGCAAGAUGAUCAUUGACAAGUUAUCUCCUAAUUCAAACCCAUUAAAACUUUGUAUUCAGACUGAGCAUGGCCAUUACUUUUUUCCCUUUUCUCCCCAAUUUGGAAUGCCCAAUUCCCAAAAGUCCUCAUGGUGGUGUAGUGACUCGCCUCAAUCCGGGUGGCGGAGGAUGAAUCUCAGUUGCCCCCACGUCUGAGACCGUCAAUCCACGCAUCUUAUCACGUGGCUUGUUGAGCGCGUUACUGCGGAGACAUAGAGCGUGUGAAGGCUUCACGCUGUUCUCCGCGGCAUCCACGCACAACUCACCAUGCGCCCCACCGAGAGCGAGAACCACAUAAUAGUGACCACGAGGAGGUUACCCCAUGUGACUCUACCCUCCCUAGCAACCGGGCCAAUUUGGUUGCUUUGGAGACCUGGCUGGAGUCACUCAGCAUGCCCUGGAUUCGAACUCGCGACUCCAGAUGUGGUAGUCAGAGUCAAUACUCACUGAGCUACCCAGGCCCCGAGCAUGGCCAUUUUUGAUAGAUGAAACUUUCAACAGCCGUAGCUUUGUACACAAAUCUGAUCUUAAACAUUUAAACUGUCUGCACUGUCAUUUUUCAAGCGAUAAAAUCUGAUCUGUUUGUUCACUGUGUAAGUCAAUAGGUUAUUGACUUAAGCAUCAAGAGUUGUUUUCUUCUAAAACAAA